GCUACAUGAGCCUACAUCUAACAGGGAGAUGGGUUUGUACUUGACUCUGUAGUCUCUUCGGUCUUCUUUGUUCCCUUUAUUGUAGAGAGGGGUCACAACUCCCGUACUCAGAACAGAACAAGAACUGACUUUUCAAUAUGGUGGACGUGACGGAUCUCUUACACUAUGAUCCACCCUGUCCCGACGCCGAGCUCAUCCCUUCGAAGCCAGAUCCUCUCUCUAUCCCUAUGGCUCCCAUCUCUACUUCCGUCCCUCCGCCGUCCGUCGAGUCCACCCCGCCGUCGCGCGCUGACGCUGACGCUGAGGAACUCACACGAUAUACGGCUGACUUGGAGCCCGCAGUUCGUGACCUCAUCCGAGAGUACCACGACGUUUUCCCAUCGUCGUUCUCGUACGCCGACAUCCCACCGAUGCGUGACGUCGAGCACUCCAUUCAGCUUGUGCCUGACUAUCGUGUUCACCACCAGGCACCCUACAGACUCUCGAUCCUCGAGGCCACCGAACUCAAGCGUCAGCUUGAGGAGCUCCUGAGACUGGGUGAUUGUCCGAUAGCCUUCUACUCCCGUCAGCUCCUGCCCGCCGAGAUAAACUACACUGCUGAUGAACGUGAGGUUCUCGCAGUAGUUUAUGCCGCUCGGCAUUGGCGUCACUACCUGCACGGGGCACCAUUCACGGUGCGCACGGACAACUCUGUUGUCCAGGCUUUUCUGACAAAGUCGAAGCUCACUCCUCGACAGGCUCGCUGGUGGCGCGACCAAUCCGAGUUUAGUUUCACCACUGAGCACAUCAAGGGUGAGACUAAUCGGGUCGCCGAUGCCCUAUCCCGGCGCCCUGACCACGACCAGGAGCACAUCCAGCUCUCUUCCAUCUCGGUCAGCACCGUCCACCACUCGGUGAUCGACGAGUUUCGCACUCAGUACCGCCACUGCCCCGACUAUCGCGACAUCCACGCGACCCUUCGGAGUGGCAAGACCGUCCCGAACUACUCUCUCGGGGACAACGGUCUUGUGUACUGGCACGGUUCACAGGGCACCAGAGAGCCCCGUAUUUGUGUUCCCUCCACUGGACAGUUACGUGUCCGAGUAGUAGCAGAGUUCCAUGACCAGGCAGCUGCCGGUCAUAUGGGCUUCCACAAGACGUUGGCUCGUGUGAGCCGCCUGUACGUCUGGCCGAAGCGCAAGGACUUUGUGAAGGACUACGUCGCAGAGUGUCCCACCUGUCAGGAGGUGAACAGUGCGAACCACCUACCUUAUGGUUUGCUCCAGCCUCUUCCUAUCCCUGAGGGUCGUUGGCAGUCCAUCUCGAUGGACUUUAUCGGUCCUCUUCGACCUCCGACCCCCCGCGGUCAUGAUGCUAUCCUGGUCGUCGUCRACCGYUUCACGAAGCGUGCACRCUUUGUUCCGURCCGCUAUGCCAUCAGUGCACGUGAGGUCGCCGACAUCGUAUUUGACCGAGUCGUGCGUGACCACGGUUUACCUCUGAGCAUCAUAUCUGACCGUGACCCGCGCUUUACCAGCCGAUUCUGGCGACGGCUCCACGAGGUGUACGGCACUCAGCUCCGCUUCUCCUCGUCUUACCAUCCUCAGACUGAUGGUCAGACCGAGAUCACGAACAGGAUUCUCGGGGAUAUUCUCCGAAAGAUUGUUCGUGACGACCAGCAGUGGGAUCUCCAUCUUGCCCACGCGGAGAUACCCUACAACCACGCCGUCUCGCCAGCCACGGGGAUGUCGCCUUACUAUUGCGACCUCGGCUAUCACCCGCGUGUUCCCGCGGACUUCCUUCGACCGAUUCUGCCCGUAGACAAGCAUGCGUACAUCGGCGCCCUGUUCGUGAACUCAAAGGGCGGAUGCCAGACCUGGUUGACCCACCUGGCAACCUCCCACGGCGUCGACGUACCAGACUUGAAGGACGUAAUCACAUGGGAGGAACUGACACGGCUGUGGAAGAAGCGGUUCAUUGUCGACGACGCGCCAGCACUCACCAUCAACCGACUGUUCACCAUGUCACAGGGCAACACAGCAACACGGGACUGGCUCACGGAGCGGCAGAAGAUUGCGGCUGUGCCCAAUCUGAACCUACUAUUCGAGCAUCUACGCCGUGAGUUCUACAACAGGUCCUGUGCUGCAUUGAGCCAGGCUCUUGGUGAUCGCGAGCAGUACUCAACCUUCGCGGAGAUCAUUGACAAAGCGAGGGAGAUCAUCAAGACCAACAGGACAGUUUCCAUGGGUCAAGUUUGGCUUGACCGAGGCGGAGUACAAGGUCCACGGCCGCUACGGCUGCUGCUAUUGGUGCAACAGCACCAAGCACAAGACCUCCCUGUGGCAAGAUCAGGGCAAGGAGGAUGUGCGACCCCGCCUCAGCUCGGGAAACUGAGCUCCGUGGAAGGUGAGGCGACUCCACCUUCUACUCCGCCAGAUUCGGACGCCUUGCUAGCGGCCUCCUGCACAUCUGGGGAGGAUGCGAAUGUCGCAAGUCCUCGGUACACUUACGAGGACUAUGCUGUCCACUUGGUUCCACCGCUGGACCAACCGCUCCACGUGCAACAGUCCACCGCAUGCACGGUUUCAUCACCAUCGGCAACCGAUCCGGCAGCUUCACCGCAAUCUAUCGCCGGGGAUUCGACGUCAUGGUCAAGACUGGAUGAGCUCGACCCGUUGACGUUCACGGACUUCCAGUGGAUGCCCGUUCCCUCGACCGGACGAUUGCCGAAACCGCAGUGCAACGUGCUUAUGGCACAAUUGCGGGACUACUUGCACACUGCAGUACCAACUCCGUUGAUGGACGCCGGAGUAGAGGUUGUCGACCUUCACGUUUACAUCGCGAAGAUCGACCGCGAGUUCAAGACGCAACGGUACGACGACAUCGACGCACCAGUGCUAUACGUACGCAUUCAGAUCGGAGAGGCGACCUGCAGUGCCUUGAUCGAUUAUGGAGCAUCUCGCAACUACAUCAGCCAGGACUUCAUGGUACGCGCCGGCCUUGGCCCACGUGUCCGGAGGAAGUCCUAGCCUAUGCAAGUCACCCUGGCAGAUGGUCAUACGCACAAGUCCAUCGACCGGUGCAUUGACGUCGUCCCAUUGUACUUUGCCCCUCACGC